CCGAUCAGCUCCCGUGGCCCCGUGACGAUGGUGACGCAGAUCCUGAGCACGGUGGAGGCCCAGGCUUCCAGCACCCCGGGCCCGUCGGGCUGUGGCCCCGUCCCCGUGGCCGUGUCAGUGGUGGCGGUGCCAGGGCCAGGGGUGGCCGCAGUGCUGCCCAAUGGGGCCCCCCCAGGCCCCGCCGCAGCUGACGACAGCAAAACCAACCUGAUUGUCAACUACCUGCCCCAGAGCAUGAGCCAGGAGGAGCUGAGGAGCCUCUUUGGCAGCCUUGGGGACAUUGAGUCCUGCAAGCUCGUCCGUGACAAGGUCACUGGGCAGAGCCUUGGCUAUGGCUUCGUCAACUACGUUGAGGCAGGUGACGCCGACAAGGCCAUCAGCACACUCAAUGGCCUCAAGCUGCAGACCAAGACCAUCAAGGUGUCCUAUGCUCGGCCUAGCUCAGCCUCCAUCCGUGACGCCAACCUCUAUGUGAGUGGCCUCCCCAAGGCAAUGGGACAGAAGGAGAUGGAGCAGCUCUUUUCCCAGUACGGCCGCAUCAUCACCUCCCGCAUCCUUGUUGACCAGAUCACAGGUGUCUCGCGGGGAGUGGGCUUCAUCCGCUUCGACAAGCGUGUGGAGGCGGAGGAGGCCGUCCGGGGGCUGCAUGGGCAGAAACCGCUGGGUGCCGCCGAGCCCAUCACAGUCAAGUUUGCCAACAGCCCGGGGCAGAAGUCGGGGGGGGCCCUGCUCAGCCUCUGCCCCAGCGCCCGUCGCUACGGGGCCCUGCACCACCCCCCGCAGCGCUUCCGGCUUGACAAUUUGCUGAAUGUGGCCUACGGCGUGAAGAGCCCGCUGUCACUGCUGCCCAGGUUCUCCCCACUUGCCAUCGAGGCAGUGCCGGGGCUGGCCGGGGUGGGCCUGGGGGCUCCUGGCACUGGCUGGUGCAUCUUUGUCUACAACCUGGCACCUGAGGCGGAUGAGAGCGUCCUCUGGCAGCUUUUCGGGCCCUUUGGUGCUGUCACCAACGUCAAGGUCAUCCGUGACUUCACCACCAACAAGUGCAAGGGCUUUGGCUUCGUCACCAUGACCAACUAUGAGGAGGCCGCCAUGGCCAUCGCCAGCCUCAAUGGCUACCGCUUGGGUGAGCGCGUGCUCCAGGUCUCCUUCAAGACCAGCAAACAGCACAAGGCUUGAGCCCCACCCUGCUGGCCCUCUGGCCACCAGGACUGGGGUCCCUGGCAUUACCAGGCCACAGGGAUCCCCAUGAGCACCAAUGACCUCUGGAGACCUCCGCUAGACAUCUGGAGAACUUGGAGACACCUUCUAUGGGCACCAUGGACGCUGUUAGGGAUCUCCACACCCUGAAGAUCAUGGAGAUCUCCCCUGGGCACUUAGCAACAUUGGGGUCCCCCUCUGUGGCACCAAGAACACCAUGGGGACAUUUAAGGACAGCCUGGAUACCAUGGACACCUGGUCCUCUCCCUGAGGCACCGUGGACACCCUGAGGACUCCCUCAGGUGCUCCAGAGCUCUUGGACAUAGUGCGGGCAUGGUGAUGCUGGGGCACCCCUGCAGAUCCUCCUAUCUCACCACCCUGGAAAGAAGGGAUAACACCCAGGACACUGAGGACAUGCUAUGGGCCCCCCCAGGCACCCUAAAGCCUCUAGGAAUCAUGAAGGAGUCAGGACAUGGAGGAAGGUAACCUCCAAAGCCCUCAGGAAUGCUAUGGGCACCUCAAAGACCCUGGGGGACCCUCUUGGGCACUGCAGAGACCCUCGCAGUGAGGCCCUCUGCUCCUCCCUCAGCACUCUGUGUGAACCCUGGUGAGCCCAGGUACCUUGGGGAUCCCCAGCACCCUCAGCACUCCUUUGGGUGGGGAUACUGGGAAAGGUGAGACCCAGGCCCCCCCCCCCCCCGCCCCCCCAUCCCUGCCCCGCCCUCCAGGGGUGU